AUGUGCGGAGACUCUCAUCUUCCUCCUGCCCCCGAAUCCGGCGACCUUGUGGCUGUCAUCCACCCAAACUCACACUCACACUUACACCCACAAACCGCCUUUCGCGGACGUAUACGUCUGUCGAACAAGACACCCGGAGCGACCACGUCGACGUUUGAAGACAACACUUGCAACGAAAGUGGCGAGACGGCAAUUGCAUGUAAAUUGGACGUUAGGAUCCACAAAUAUGGCCAACUACUAUCCUCAUAUUCACAACCAUGGCCAUCAUCAUCAUCACCAUCAUCGGCUUCUUCGAGCUCCGGCUCAGAUUCCGAAGGGGAAGACUACUCGAGUAAUCCCAUCUUGCAUUCUUUCAUCAUCGACACGCUCGCCGCCACCUCAAAAACAGGAAACAUAAGACUAAACCUGGGCGUCGGCGGCGAUGGCAUCGUAGGCAGGGCGGUGUCGGUGUUUGACCAGAGGACUAAACGUGUUCUCGGCGAAGGCAUCAUCGGUUGGUGUUGA